AUGAUAAGUCCAGAAGAAAAAUAAAGAUUAUUGCAAGAUAAAAGACAAAGGAUAUAGGCUAUUAAAUAACAGCAACUUCAAUAAUCCACUACGAUUGCUCCCGUCACCUAACCUUAAUAGUAGGUGACUUAAGCUUAAGCAAACGUUGAUAGCAAUUAAUCUUUCCAGUAAGACCAGCCUGCUUAAAAUCAAUCUGUCAUUGCCCCUCCCCAAUAGCCAGACCUAAUAAAUUUAUAUUUACAAACAAAGCGAAAAAAAUUAGGCUUUUAGACAAUAGAUAUGUAUUCAAACAACCCUGCUCCUCCUCAGGCAGAAGUAAUGACAAUAGAAUUUGGUGUAUAAUGUGAUUUUGAGGUGCCUUAAUAAAAGCAGGAAAACGAGGAUCAAGUAAUACCAUCGAUGGAGAAUGUCAGAAGAGAUUCCAGAAAAAAAAGAGAAGUUUUGCAAAGUGCUGAAAAACCAGUUGAAAAAGUAGAAAAGAAUAUCUCCAUGGAAGAGAUCAAUUCCAUCGUUCAAUCCCAAUCAUUCUAGAGAUUUUUUUCAAGAAGCUCCAAAACCAUAGAGAAAGCCAUUCAUGGAGCAGAAGUCGAUGUCCUUGAGGAUUUGAUGAACACAUAAUAAGUGACUUAAGAGAUAGGUAAGGACAAUCUAACCAAACUGCUGUCAUUCAGUGACAAAUUGUAUACAGAUAAUCGAGUUGUUACAUCCAUCUAAUGGUCACCCAAUUUGCCAAAUACAUUCCUAGCUGCAUAUUCCUAAAACGAAGAAGGAUCUAUAACAGAUUAAGUCGGAGUAGUACUCCUCUGGUCUUUGCAAUUAAAAUCCAGACCUGAAUUCUAUUGUUUUGCAAGCAGUCCAAUAACAUCGGCCUGUUUUCAUCCCUUUAGUCCUAACAUAGUUCUAGGAGGAUUGUAUAAUGGUUAAGUGGUUGUGUGGGAUUUAAGAGCUAAACAUACACCUGAGAAGAGAUCGACCUUGAAUAGUGGUGGACAUAGUUACCCUAUUUAUGGACUAAGUAUUGUGGGGUCAUAAAAUGCAAACAAUAUAAUAUCCGCAUCGAAUGAUGGAAGAAUUUGCAUAUGGAAUUUAGCUUAAUUCAAUCAACCACAAAAGAUCAUUGAUUUGAAAACCAAAAACAAAUAGUAAUCAACAAACCCUUAAGUAGAAGUUAAUGCCACUUGCAUGGUAUUCCCUUAAGGGGAUGCCAAUAAUUUCUAUGUUGGAGCUGAAGAUGGAUCCGUUUACAAAUCUAAAUUACAUCAAAAUACAAAUGAAAAUAUUGUCAUUCCAUUUGAAGAACAUUUGGCUCCAGUUAGUGGAAUUUCAUUGAACUCAUCACCAUAAGCCUCCCCACUCAUAUCUAAUUUGCUUCUAAGCAGUUCUUUUGAUUGGACUUGCAAGUUAUGGAAUACAAGAACACAAUUAGAAUCCAAAUGUUUAUCCACUUUUGAAUGUUCAGAAGACUAUGUGUAUGAUGUUUAAUGGAAUGGAUAGCAUCCUACAUUAUUUUCAACUGUAGAUGGAGAAGGUUAUGUCGAUUUAUGGGAUUUGUCAUAUGACUUAGAAGCACCUAUCACAAGAUAUAAAUCUGGGAAUAAUUCCAUCAACAAAUCCUAAUGGUCCAAAGAUGGGACUAAAAUAGCUAUUGGAGAUUCCUUCGGAGAAAUUUAAAUUUUGUAAUUAUCUUAAAAGGCCCAAAAAGUUGACCAUGAGAGAUUAGCAAAAUUAGAGUAAUGGAUUAAAAGUGAUAAAUGAAAUAUUAUAAUUAUAUAAUUAUAAUAAGUAAUUAUUAUAUAUUUUACAAAA